CCCUCGGAGCCCUGGGUCCGGCCGCGGCGACAGCGGCGGGGGCGGCGGCUCGCCUCCCGCGCAGCCGCGAUGCUGAGCUCCCGGGCCUCGGCGGCGAUGACCGCGGCCGACAGGGCCAUCCAGCGCUUCCUGCGGACCGGGGUGGCCGUCAGAACUUCCGGGAGACUCAGGCUUGUCAGUGGCCUCUCGGAGCUCUCAGCGCCUCGGAGGACUUCCUGGACUCCCUCAUCCUGUCAAGAUACCCUCAAUUCUUCUGGGCUCCCCAGUUAGAUACAAAGUCAUGAAGAACUGGGGUGUUAUAGGUGGAAUUGCUGCUGCUCUUGCAGCAGGAAUCUAUGUUAUUUGGGGUCCCAUUACAGAAAGAAAGAAGCGUAGAAAAGGGCUUGUGCCUGGCCUUGUCAACUUGGGGAACACCUGCUUCAUGAACUCCCUGCUGCAGGGCCUGUCCGCCUGCCCCACCUUCAUCAAGUGGCUGGAAGAGUUCACCACCCAGUACACUGGGGGUCACAAGGAGCCCCCCCAACACCAGUACUUAUCGUUGACGCUGUUGCACCUCCUGAAAGCUUUAUCUUGCCAAGAGGUCACUGAUGAAGAGGUCUUGGAUGCAAGCUGCUUGUUGGACGUCUUAAGAAUGCACCGAUGGCAGAUCUCUUCGUUUGAAGAGCAGGACGCCCACGAGUUAUUCCAUGUGAUCACUUCAUCACUGGAGGAUGAGCGGGACCGCCAGCCCCGGGUCACACAUCUGUUUGAUGUGCAUUCCCUGGAGCAGCAGACAGAAAUAACUCCCAGACAGAUCACCUGCCGCACCAGAGGGUCACCACAUCCCACAUCCAACCACUGGAAGUCUCAGCAUCCUUUUCACGGACGACUCACGAGUAACAUGGUCUGCAAACACUGUGAGCACCAGAGUCCCGUUCGAUUCGAUACCUUCGACAGUCUUUCCCUCAGUAUUCCAGCCUCCACAUGGGGUCAUCCACUGACCCUGGACCACUGCCUUCACCACUUCAUCUCGUCAGAAUCCGUGCGGGAUGUCGUCUGUGACAACUGUACAAAGAUUGAGGCAAAAGGGACGCUGAAUGGGGAGAAGGUGGAACACCAGAGGACCACAUUUGUCAAACAAUUAAAACUGGGGAAGCUGCCGCAGUGCCUGUGCAUCCAUCUCCAGCGGCUGAGCUGGUCCAGCCAUGGCGCGCCCCUGAAGCGGCACGAGCACGUGCAGUUCGGCGAGUUCCUGAUGAUGGACAUCUACAAGUACCACCUCCUGGGACACAAGCCCGGUCACCGCAGCCCUGAGCGGUGUGAGAAAGCAGGGCCCGCGCUGGAGCUGCAGGACGGGCCGGCAGUCCCCAAGUCAGUUCGCAAUCACCCGGGGGGCCCCAAAACACAGAUUUUCAUGAAUGGCGCCUGCUCCCCGUCUUUGUUGCCCGCCCUGCCGACCCCCAUGCCUUUCCCCCUCCCAGCUGUUCCUGACUACAGCUCCUCCACAUACCUCUUCCAGCUGAUGGCCGUGGUCGUCCACCACGGGGACAUGCACUCUGGACACUUCGUGACCUACCGGCGCUCCCCGCCCUCGGCCAAGAACCCCGUCUCCGCCAGCAGCCAGUGGCUGUGGGUCUCCGACGACACCGUCCGCAAGGCCAGCCUGCAGGAGGUGCUGUCCUCCAGCGCCUACCUCCUGUUCUACGAGCGCGUCCUCUCCAAGAUGCAGCCGCAGGGUCGGGAGUACAAGUCUGAGGAAUGACCCUGCCCCGCCCCAGGGCUGGAGAGCCGCCAGCACUGAACCAGCCCUGUGUGUCUGUGCGUGUGUGGCGUGUGUGCGCACGUGUGAGCAGCCCCACUAGAGUCCUGUGGCCUUCUGGUGUGGUGUAAGAGCAGGCUCCACAGAGGAACUGGCAGCCCCGAUUCACACCAGAUGAGGCCCCCACCCCCUCCCCGCACAGCUUGCACCAGGGUGGCACCAGGCACCAUGUGUGGCUAGACCGUGUCUUGUCACUCACCCGAUACAGGUAAUUAAAAGGAACCAGACUCCAGAAGCCACUUUUUUUUUAAAUAUAUUCUGAUGCAUCAGGUGUUCUUAAAGGGGAGUUAACUGUCUGAUCCUCCAGGGCUUCAGCGUAGAUCUUUUUAAUAAGCAAGCAAGGCCCACGAAAACGGAUGAAUUAGUGAAAUCAUUAAAGGCAACAAUUUCACAGGAAAAAAGUGCCUUUCACUCUCAACUGCUUUUGUAGCACGUCCCUUCUGGAAAACAGACCUCAUCUGGGAGUCACACGGACAAUUUUUGCAAAGCUCUGAUUGUUGCAGAGUGACUGAAUGGAGAGCAAGGGACAGCUCAGAGGACGCCUGGCGCACGCCCGUCUUCCCCUUUUGUACGUCUUUUUCUAAUCUUUCAGAGUCUUUACAUGUAGUGAAAGCUCAUCUGCCAAACCCGCCCCUCGGGGGAAUUCUGUCUCUACUUCAUCAGUGACAAGUGACCAGCUUCCUGGCUGCAGUCAUCUUGCGUGUCCUGGACUCUGAGAGGUGUGGCCACCAUUUAUUACAUAACUGCCUGGACAGCCAGAACCUGGCGGCCUCUGCACUGCACCCACGACCACCCUGCUCCAUAGAAAAACCUUUCUCACGCCAGGACCCACCAUGGACCAUUACUCUCACCUAUCUAUUUAUUGCCCACGUGGAGCUCCUGAGGUUUACAGGUGGAGCCGGGGGCCAUGAGAGACAGACAGACAGACAAUCCCGGCCUCCGCGCGAGAGCUGGAUUCAGAAGGAAGGGCACAGACCUCACUCGGGGCCUCCACCUCUCCACACCUUGGUUUCCUCAUCUGUAAAGUGACGAGUUCGAUUCCAUGGCCAUCAAAGUCAGGCCCAUCCCAUCCCACAGAAAAGGAAGAAAGAAGUUUAAGAAAACUUUUGAAACACACAACGGCGGCUGACACCUAGUCCCAUCAUCCUGUCCUAGAUCCAUAUUCUACAUGUGUUGCUUUCUAGUACCUCAUACAGAAGGCCCCAUCUGAUCAUCCUCCCCCAUCCUCAGGUAAGUCUCAUGAAGGCAGCCCAGGGCCAAAGGAAUUUCGAGGACACAGCGGUAUCUAUGUUUUAACUAGAUUUUUUUAUUUAAAAAAGAAAGGAUACCAAAUCCAGACUGACGCCUCAGAGGUAAGACUUGGAAUCAGGUGCAUCCUGGUCACCAAGGUCAGGCUGAGGCCCAUGCUUCCCCUGGUGGGCAGGCUGGCAACACUCCCAGACAAGACCUUGAUGUCAGCUGAACCCACUGGAGGCCCGGGCAGUCCCCAUUCCACUGGGCCAGGUGUGUGUGCAUGCCGAGGACUGGGAAGUCCUGCUAUGGAGAGAAACAGACUGUGAGGGUUCUCCAGACCACGAGCAUCAGGGAGAAAGGAGCAGCGUGAAGCUUCUGCUGUGCUCCCGGCAGAUGUCCCUUCCCAACUUCGUGGCAGACCCCGGCUCUGAUGGUGAAAGGAGCGUCCCUGUGAUACCCAAGCCUGGGGCAACACGUGCCCAGGUCAUGUGGCCUUCACCUGCCUGGCCAACCGUAGCUUUGUGCACCUGCCCUUCUGUCGCUGCGUACUCUGAAAUCUGCCAUCAAAGAGAGGUGCCAGGUGUGAACAGUGCCUCCUUUGAAUGUUUGGUUGUAAGCAGACCUUUGGUCAGAGGCCAGGGACUGGGCCACGGCUACGGCUAUAAAUGUGAAUGAUCUCUAGGCACCUUCUCUACCCCUGCUUCCUCACAUUGUAAAUAAUUAGGCGUUAGUUAGCAGCCAAAUAAUCUUAUUUCUAGCAUUCAGUUAUUUACAGUCACUUCUUUUUUUUGCAAAAACCCGAGUCAAACUCAUAGUUUAUGCCAUAAUAACUGUUGAUUUAUGUAUUUGCUAAGGUACCUUUUGUAUCUGCUGUAUUAUAGCAAUAAAAGAAUCAUUUUGUUAGGAAAAACAUCAGCUGGUAUUUUUUCAUAAUUCACCAGUCUGAUACAAAUGUCCUCUUUCUCUGAGUUCUAUGUUGUACCUGUAAGAAGCCCUGCGCUUGGGUGAAACCCGUUCCAUGUUCCCUGUUGGUAAAAGAAACAGCAGCUCCCUCUAGGAGUGGAGAGCGAAGGAGCCAACAGAAGCACUCACUGUUAACAAUGUUGUUCACUUUGUAGUAGGCAGGAUUUUCCGAAAUGUCAGAUUGACCCGGGGAGCCAGAACCUUCUUUCGGACUGGGAGACUGUGGUACCAGUGAAUGUUGGUUGGGUGGUUUAUCAUGAGUAAGCUGCCAUGGGCCAGCUGGAGCCUGACCACCUCCAGCCUCCGGGACGGGUGCUUCCCCCGGGAAUCCUUAUGCCUGAAGACGAAGUCUCUGCAGGCCCCAAAGGAGACAGAGGCGAUGGGGCUCCCGGGAGCCAGUUCUCUCUCGUCAUCCCUGUGCUCGCCAAUGUGGUCCUGGCCGUCUUUGUACCUGCAGUGAGAAAACAAGUAGAGUUCACAGUACAGUCCUUUCUGGAAACACACCACCCACAGUGGAGGUCCUCGUCCGCCAGCCAGGAAACAGUGCCACAAACCCAGGUUCCUGCAGGGGCUGAAGGGCCGCACCUGGUCUACAUAGUGAAGCUAGCCUUUCACUUUGUUAUCAGCCCUCUGAUCACAGGCUUUAAAACAGCCCACCAGUAGGGCAUUCCCUGGCGGUCCAGUGGUUAGGAUUCCACACUUCCACUGCCACGGCCCAGGUUUGGUCCCUGGUUGGGGAACUAAGAUCCCAUACGUCACACGGUGCGGCCACAAACAAAAACCCCACACAUGUGGAUAGAGGCCAAACACACGUCUUACAGUACCCCUGAUUCAUAUUUGUAAACCUUUAUCACGUAAGAUGCCUUCUCUCUGUAACUUAGAAUAAAAGCUGUAUUCUUCGCCUGGCCCCUGCCCACCUCUGAGCUGAGCUCACCCACACCCCCUCUUUCCCUCAUACACUGUUUUCUGGCACCACCAGUGGGAUUUCCACUCCACAGACACUCCAAACUCCCUCUGCUCUCCCUGCAGAGGCCUGUGGGGCUCACGUUCCCUUGGUUUAGUUAUAAGCGCCAAUGUCACCCUUUCCUGACCCCUCCUCUAGCCAUCUUCCCCUAAACCCCAAAUUCUCAACCAGGGCAAUUCUGCCCUCCCCGGGGGCACUCAAGCAAUGUCUGGAGACAUUCCGUUGCUCCAAAGGGGCCCUUGAAAAAAAUGCACAACCUAAAAGUUGAAAACUGUUUCAUUCUGCAGACAGAACUGAGGACUUACGCCCAGGAGGUGGUCUCGCAGCUCUGAGGGAUGGCCCCAAAGAGACAAGGCAGGAGCCGGGAUAAAGAGGGCUUUUGCAACAAAAACCAGGUAGUCGGAACAUCAAAAGAUUCUUGUUAAUUAAAGAAAACCAGACAUCACGGGUUAAUGAGUUCAGUAUUUUCUAUAUAUGGGAAGAUGCAAGAAUCUGGGCUCACUGAGAUCAUUCCUUUGACAUGCACCUCAGCGAUCUGGGGCCAGGAUCCUGUUCUUUGCCAGGCCGGAUGGUGCACCACUGGGGAGGCUGCAGCAGCCGCGCCUCCUCCGUGUGCUGAUACAGCGGGCAACCAUUUCUCAUCCACAGGGAGCUCCUGGCAUCCGGUCGGUGGAGGUCAGGGAUGCUGCCCAACAUCUGACACCACAGAAGCCAGCCCCAAGAAGAGGAUUGUUUGGCUGAAAGCAUCGAGUGCUGUUGAGAAACCCUCCCUCCCAGAUGUUCUAAGAUCAGCCUGUUUAAUUUUCUACAAGACGUUUAUCAACGACUGCAGGUAUCCUGUUCAUCAGCUCUCGGCCUCUCCCUCCCUGCCAAGGUGCACACGUGUGUGCUCAGUCACAUCUGACACCUUGGAAUCCCACAUCCACGAGGCCAUGGACCCCAUAACCUCGGUCCAUGGACCCCAUGACCUCCUUGGUCCAUGGGAUUCUCCAGGUAAGAAUACUGGAGUGGGUUGCCAUGCUCUCCUCCAGGGGAUCUUCCCAGCCCAGGGAUCAAACCCACAUCUCCUGCAUUGGCAGGUGGAUUCUUUACCACCGAGCCACCUGGAAAGCCCCCCGCCCCCGAGGUGGGUGCUCCAUAAAGACGAAAUGCUGGUGCUGUUCCACUACUAGGGCCCCAGGAACGCUCAAGAAUUAUCUGCUGUACAAAUGAGUAAAAUGCAGGGGAAUCCCAAAUUCUUCCUUUUGGAAGAGACAGAAGAUUUAUAAAAUCCAGUCCAUGCUCCUGGAAAAAAAAAAAAAGGUAAAGACAGAGUGUCACCUGUUGACGAGCACAAAGUUGAAGGUCUGUCCAGUCACCAGAGAAACACGAUCCCGGACACGCUCCAGAAUGGGGAUCCAGGGCUUCGGAGACAGAGUGAGGCCUGAAAAGGUGUAGGUCAGCCCAGUGUCGCCGUAGGUCGCCUGCUUCCUUGGGACACUGUGCCACUUCCCGAACACCUGGACCCUGGCCAGCGCACCUGU